UGCGAAUAUUCCGACCUCCCAGCGCUAGAGAUUGCAGAGGUCGCACAGAGACGUCCUCUUCUUCCCCACGGGAGAGGAAGAUCCUGUCGGAUUCGGCAACCUCCUCCCCUCCCAUCCUCCAAAUCUUCUACCCUUUCUCCCCAACUCUCCCUUCCUGUUCUCCAUUUCUGUCGGAGGGAGGUGGAGGAGGAGGAAUCGCGCGCUGUAGGUAGAAGUAGUUCGGGAGGUCGCCGCGGCCCGGCAGCUUCCCAGUGCCAAGGAAAAUUGUCUGUUCUGCUUACACACCGGAUAAAAUAAAUGGGAGUUCAGACAGACCGAAGACCUUCUGGGGGUCUGGAUGGCCUCUACGGGGUACAACUUGCGGGCCGGUCACCGUACAGUGACGAUGAAGCUGUCAAAACAAGCAUUAUGGAUGCGUCAACUAGGGAGCAGCAGGAGGGCGUCGGCUCGACUCGAAGUUUGCAAAUCAGGCAACUCUGGCAACAAAGACCCCCAUGCCUGAAGCCUAUUCACUGUAGUCUCUCAUGUGAUAAACAUGUAGGUGAAACUAUUGCUAAUGUUGUCACAUCGCUUCCUUUCAUUGUUCUUGGACUGCAGACACCAAGGCAAACCUUGAAUACUGCACUUUAUGCUAACUCACUAAUAGGAGUUGGAGUUGCAUCUAGCUUGUAUCAUACUUCAAGAGGGGAAAUUAGAAAAUACAUGCGCUGGGCAGACUACACAAUGAUUGCCACUACAACACUAUGUUUAACAAGAGCGCUUCGCAAUGAGCAUCCAAAAUUACUAAUGGCAGCAUCAACAUUGCUCCUACCAUUCCAGCCCUUAAUGGUCACAGCCAUCCACACUGGGAUGAUGGAGGUUUCAUUUGCAAAACGAGCAUCUACAGAGCCAGAGCUCAAGACGGCUCAUAAUCUGCACAGGAUGUCAUCUCUGCUUGGUGGUGCGCUAUUCAUAGCAGAUGAUGUCUUCCCGGAGACCCCCUAUAUCCACGCAGCAUGGCAUCUAGCUGCAGCGUUGGGUGUCUGCACAUGCAACAAGCUUCUUGAAUGAUGAUAUAUGAAGGUGACAUUUUCUUGCCACCCGGCAAAUAUGCCAUCAACAAACUGUUGGUAGCAAUCCAUCAACCAUUCGACAUUGUUCAUUGCACAUUGCAUAGGUGAUCAUUUUACAUUUAGCCGAGAAAAUUUGGGUAAUUACUAGGAGUAUAGUGUUCUCCGUAGUGAGACAAGCUAGGUACCAGUUUGUCCUUGUAUUUUCUGUAGAUGAUAUAUUGUACUUGUUCCACAUAUUGUGAUGAAAUGUAUAUGUAUUUUGUACUUACGUUA